CUCGUGUCAAUUUCGCCUACUAGGCUAGGCUACUGUCAACUAUCGCAACAAUCGAAUGAUGUCCGACAAUGCAACUACUGUCACCCUGGCGCAGAUGCCUCAGCAGAAUCAUCUCUGGGUCCCUGAGGAUGACUGGACUGGGGUGGUCGACCGACGAAGACGACGCCGUCUGCAGAACCGAUUGAAUCAGCGCGCCUAUCGCAUGAAGCAGAAAGCAAUCAAUCAAUUUUCCGCAUCAGAAGGCGCGACUACUGAGUCUACGUUCAAUGUCUUGGUCCAGGCCCGCAACAUCACCACCCACUCAACAGACUCCCCACGGUCGCAUUCACCCGAUGAGCCCGAUGACAACGAUCUGGAUUGCCAUCUAGUUCCUCAAGGCGCCCUACAAUUCCGGCGGCAGUUUGAGGCAAUUGCCCAGCAGAGCUUCCGGCUGGGCAGUCCUCAGAUUGAGCACUUGGUCAGUCUUCGCCGCCUGAAUGUCCACCGCGCCAUCAAUGAGAACAUCCGCGCCUUGGGUAUGACUCCAGCCUGGGUGCAGCCAGACGAUGCGCUGUCCAUCUUCAACUUGUCGGUGCCGGGCUCUUCGGAAGCACAAAUCCCCCCGAGUCUCCAGCCCACCCCCAUCCAGCGCCUCGUGCCUCAUCAUCCCUGGCUAGACUUCUUUCCCUUUCCCCGGAUGCGCGAUGUCAUGAUUCUCGCUGGAGACCGGCUCGAUGAGGAUGAGCUCUGCCGGGAUCUGAUGGCCUUCUGGGACACUCACAAUACGGGGGCCUCCCUCGUGGUCUGGGGAACGCCGUGGGAUCCCCGGAACUGGGAGGCAACCGAGGAAUUCGUGCGCAAAUGGCGCUGGCUACUCGUGGGAUCGCCCGAACUGCUCGUCUCAACCAAUUGGUGGCGGGCAAAGAGAGGAGUUCCUGCGCUGCGUUGGCACCAGUUGGGGUUACAAUGGCCAUCUAGCCACCUAGCCAACUAGCUACAACAAGAAAUCAUCAUGCGCUCAGGAUCAACGCUAUUGCCAUCUCUAGAGCUAAUGCAGGAAUAAAUAUCGCCAUUUAGACUUCUUCUGCCUUUGGACCGUGCGACGCAGAUUAUCUCUGGGCUGCCACAGGCGCACGCUUUCUGGACCCCGCGCGGUGACGAGGAGUACUGCAGCACCAGAUCAAGACAAUCAACACCCC